UAUAUUGUUAUGCUUAUAUUCUUGGUUUUGUCUUAUGUCAUCUGAUAUUGUGCUUGAUUUCAGUGGGUUGUUUGGAUUUCUUAUGUUAUCUUCCUUACUUGGGUGAUUGAGAUUUCAGGAAUAGGAAAGUUGUUGGUGGAUUUUGGGAAGUUUUUGGGAUUUGUAAGAAAUUUUGAGUGAAUAGUGAAAAAAUGGUACUAUUUAGGGUCUGCUGUCCUCAGUUUUUCUUUGUUUCAGAAGCUACUUUUAUAGCAGAAUCAAUACAUCUUUUAACUCGAGUAAAAAUUACAUGGAUUUGGCUUUUGGGUAGCUUUAAAUUCUUGGGUUGAAUCUAAAAGUUGGGUUCUUUUAUUUUGUUUUCUGAGUAUUUUUGCAGGGGAUAAAGCCAGAGCUUUUACUUGUGAUUUGAUCUGAUUAUGGUCAGAAAAUAGAAAAGGAGGAGUUUAUUGCUUUGUUGAAGUUUGGAUUUUUGGAUGAGAAUUUGAAGAAUUAAAGAAGCAAUGGAAUCAGAUCUUCACCAGCAUCAUGACAAACCCCAGCAGCAUAUGAACUCUAGCUUGACGCGCUACCGGUCAGCUCCCAGCUCAUAUUUCACAAACAUUUUGGACUCAGAGCUUUGUGAGCCCUUGUUCAAUCGGCCUUCUAGCCCUGAAACCGAGAGGAUUUUCUCCCGGUUUCUGGCUAGUGAAGGUGGUGGUAAUGGAGGAGGAGGUGGUGGUGGAGGAACAGAAGAAAUUGUAUCACAACACAAAGUUGAAACACAGAUUAAUAAUCAGCAACCACAAUUUAUGGUGCCUAAGGUUGAUGAUGAAGUGGGGGUGAUUCAGCAGCAGCAGAGCAAUUUGAACAACUAUUCAUCUGUUGCUCAAGGAUUUUACCAGCCGUCGUCGAAACCGCCUUUGCCUAAUCAGAACUUGAAUGAAGGAGCUUAUUCAAUGGGGGGAAGUCACUUGCCUUCUAUGAAAACCAGUGGUGAUCUCGCAAAUUCCAAUCUUAUUCGGCAUAGUAGCUCGCCUGCUGGAUUGUUCUCCAAUAUGAACAUUGAUGUGGCAGGCUAUGGUACAUUGAGAGGAAUGGGAAACUUCGGAGCAAGUAAUAGCACUAAUGAAGAAGCAUCUUUUUCUUCUGCGAGCAGGUUGAAAAAUUUCUCUUCAGGGCCACCAUCUACAUCGGGGCUAAUGAGUCCGAUUUCUGAAAUUGGGAACAAAAGAAUGCGAUCGAAUAGUCAAGAUGCUCGAGGUUUUGGGGAUGGCCGUGGUAACAAUUAUGUGACUGGUUUCCCAAUGGAUUCAUGGGAUGACUCUGCGAUUUUGGGUGAUGAUACAGGCUUUAGGGAUGAUGAUGUGAAAGCAUACACUGGUUUAAGUCCAUCUGAAACUCAGGAUGUGGAGACCGGAAAUCAUCCUCCUACACUUCUAGCUCAUCACUUGAGCUUGCCAAAAACAUCCGCGGAGAUGGCUGCCAUUGAAAAGUUUUUACAGUUCCAAGAUUCUGUUCCUUGUAAGAUUCGAGCAAAGCGGGGCUGCGCCACACACCCAAGAAGCAUUGCUGAGAGGGUGAGAAGAACCCGAAUUAGUGAACGAAUGAGGAAACUGCAAGAGCUUGUACCAAACAUGGACAAGCAAGCACACACUUCCGACAUGUUGGAUUUGGCUGUUGAGUACAUUAAAGACCUUCAAACUCAAGUCCAGACGCUCUCCGAAAAUCGUGCCAAGUGUACUUGCUCAAACAAGCAGCAGUAGCAACACAAAAGUGUGGGAGGGGACUUUGCUUUUGUUGAUGUACAGAACCAUUAGAAGUUGGAAAAGAAGAUAGAAAGCAGCUGUAGUGUGCUGGGGUUGUCUUUUAUACUGAAAAAAAAUUGACAAUUAGGUUAUUUAUUAAGUGGGUGGGGAGGAAAAGAAGCAAAAGGGGGUGCCAAAAGUUGAUGUGUAGGAUUCAAAACCCACUGAUGACAUUAAUAGAAUGCAAGCUGUAUAGUAGUAUUUUGUUAAGAUGUGACAAUACAUGUUUACAGUUGUCGAGCUCGAA